AUUCAGGAGAUCUAUUCACGCCACGUGGAAGUGUGAAAUUUUACCCCCGAAGGAACGAUAGUCAAAGAAGAAAUAGCAUCAAAGUCGAUGAAAUAUUAACGUUUGUGUGUUCACCGCAUCAGUUAGUGGGUCAAAUGAAAAUGCUGAUUCGCUGGAGAUUUGAAUUCGUGGAUAGCAGAUGAAGAUGUUUCAUUCCUGCCGAUUGAAUAAGUCAUCGCUGAAAACAAAAGAAUAGGAUUUCCUUUUUCCGAAAAAUAGAAACAAGUUUUUGAUAAAAGUGCCGUCUAAAAAGUAAAAAGAGUGACCAGUGAAAAUAAAAGACAGCCACCGGAAGCAGGCCUGACCUAUUUGAAAUGGGUCCGCCUAGGCUUUGGAAACUGCUGAUUUGUCUACUUGUACUGCAAACCAUCUACGCUCAAGAUUGCGGUGACGACGAUUUCACAUGCAGUAAUGGAGAUUGUAUCACAGCUGAGCAGCAAUGCGAUGGCCAUGAGGAUUGUGAUCAUGGCGAAGAUGAGCUGCAUUGUUCAAAACGAGAAUGUGCAUCAAGUGAAUUCCAAUGUAACGACGGCCGUUGCAUAUCGAAAGAAAAUGUAUGCGAUGGAAUCAAACAUUGCCAUGAUGAAGAAGACGAGGAUUGUGAGUUCGAAGGUGACGAAUGUGGUGUGCAUGAAUUCCAAUGUCUCUUGGAUAGAGUUUGCAUUCCUAUGGAGUACCGCUGUAACAGCCGACUGGAUUGCUUUGAUGGAUCUGACGAGAAAGGUUGCGAAUCUUGUAAGGAAGAUGAUUUCCACUGCGACAAUGGCCACUGCAUUCCCAUGAGCCAAAGAUGCGAUCGCUUUCAUCAGUGCAGCGAUGGCAGUGACGAGAAGGGUUGUAAAACGGAAACAUGUAGCACUCAAGAAUUCACCUGCCUAAGUGGUGAAUGCAUCAAUGAUCGUGAUUACUGCAAUGGUAUCGCGGAUUGUGAUGAUGGUUCCGAUGAACGUGACUGCCCUCGGAAGUGCGAUGACCGUUAUGAGUUCACAUGCUCAGAUGGGUCUUGUAUAGCAAAAGAAAAUCAUUGUAAUGAUAACGACGACUGUCCUGAUGGCAGUGACGAGAUCGGCUGUGACGAUAACUCGCAUUUAAAAUCAUUGGAUCAUCAUCACAAUCGUGCUAGCGCUACUCAUCAUCCACACCAUGGCCAACAUCAGCCGGCUCACGGCAAUCGCUGCGGACGCGACAAUUUCCAGUGUCACGAUGGCAUAUGUAUAGCAGGCUACAAAAAGUGCAAUGGAAUUGUUGACUGUCACGACGAGUCCGACGAACUCGAUUGUCCAUACGCUAACGAAGAUGAUGAUGAAAUCUGCAGCAGUGAUGAAUUUUACUGCGAUGGUAGAUGUUUGGAUAACAGCUUCCGCUGUGAUGGUAGAAUUGAUUGUCAGAACGCAGAAGACGAGGAUGACUGCGAAAUUGCUGGUAAAGUUUUAAUGCGCUUUAUAUGUAAUGACUAAUGAAACUAAACUUCACUAAAUCUGCCAAAUACUACACACUUAGAAAUAAAUAAUUUUACACGUGAUGGAAUCCAUCUCUGACAUAAAGGAUCAGACGUAAACAAAUAUUUCAUGUAAAAUUAAGUGCUCGGAGACUGAAAAGUUCGUAACUCGACGAAAAGUACGUUUGAUUUAGUUGAAUUUCGCGUCUGUUAGGACUCAAUUUUAUGUCAAAAUUGACGCUCGUAUAUGUCAGUCUCAGAGCACCUACAUUUACAUAAUUAUUUCUUAGUGUGUAGAAAAUAAGAACACAUAAUUUUAGUACGUAGCUUUACUAAAACAUGGCUAAUGAUCUAUAAAAAAAACUAAAUGAAUCAUAAAGCAUUUUUCAACAAUCUAUAUUCUGCAGUUAUCAUUCGCUGGUUUGGACGGUUUUGAAGCAAUCAAGCUUUGUAUAAAGAGAAAGAGAAGAGUUAGUCAUUUCCAUUUAAUUCCACUACCUUAUUGGCGUAUCCUUGACAGAUACGCGUAUUUCGUCUACAAUGUGCAGACUUCUUCAGUGUCUUGUACUAAUACUCGACUUAGUACAAGACACUGAUACAAGGAUAAGCAAAUAAGGUAGUGCAAUUAAAUGGAAAUUACUAAUCCUCCCCCUAAUAAAAAUUUACCAUACAAAAACAAUAGAAGCUAUUGUUACAAUACAAUAAAACCUUUUGUUCAAUCAAUAAAUGUUAUUGUCAAAAAUAAUAAAAAAAUACAAUAGAACUUAUUGUUAUGUACAAUACAAUCUUUUGUUAAUGGGACACUUACAAUAGAAAAGGGGGGGUUGUUAGUUACCGUAACCUUGAAAUAAUCUUUUUUUUUUUCGAACAAAUUUAAUCUCAUUACAAUAAAUUUUAUUGUUUUUUAUUGUGCAAAAUUUUGAUUUCAUAGAAUUUGUUGUAAACCUAUUGUGGUGACUAUUUCAUUAUUUGACCAAUACAAUAGAAUUACAAUAAGAUUGAUUGUCAACAAUCGAACCUAUUGUAUUUUAUUGAUAUUUUAUUGUAAUUUUAUGGUUACUUUUAUCCGGGCCUCUUUUUCUUUAUACAGGUAUUCCACUAAGACGUCCACAUUCAUCAGGUUUAAUCAAGCUUUGGUUUUCAUACAAAACAGCUCACUAGAUUUUUUCCAAGUAUCACCAAUAAAAUGCCAUGGCUAAUUUUCAAAAUUUUCUAGAAAACCCUUAAGCGAAUGAUGUCUAUAUUUAUUUGCUAACCCUUUCGGGAUGCUUGGGUAGUCUAUACCCACCUUCUAUGAAAAAAAAUUCAAAUGAAGGUGAUUGACAGACACAUACUUUCAUCAGCAAAGUUGUACGGUUGGAUACAAUAAAAGAACAAGUUUAUAGCCAGAUUUAUAAAUAAAUAUCCAAUUCACUAUGAGCACGGAAUUCAAUCUACCGGGGCAAAAUUAAUAGCUCCGAAACGAAGCAUUUAUGUGACUUGUUGUCUUAGAAAAGUUUCUCAUCAUAAGCAUAGCUGGCUCCAAAAUCUAACCUACUCUGACAUUCCGGAGGAUCGGCGGCUUGGACAAAGUAGUUUAUCUUCUAAAAAUAAACAAAUCUUCUCAAGCUGUCAAAUUCCCCAGCCUACUGUUUCCGGGUUAUCUGGAAAACAUAAUAAUAUGUUUUUGAAAAUCCUGUUUUUCAAUCUGUUUCGAUAUUUUCAUGAACAAUCUAAAAAAUUUGUUCCACAUCAUAUUUUUGCUAUCGUGGAGUUCUUGUAGAUGAAGAUCUUCCCUGUUUUCUUCAUGACUACAAUAGAGUGGGUCAACUGCAAGACAACAAUAUGGUGGGUCAACUGCUCCCUGCUGCUGUUUAGAUCUGUAUUGAGGUGCCAAUUUUGAAAUAAAUUUGUUAUGAUCUGAAUUUGCGGUAGAACUUUAAAAUUUGCAAGGUGAAAAUUUAUUUUUCUAGUCUCGUAUGGGAAACGGAACGAAACAAUUUUCUUGUCAAAAACUGAAAAAUUGUCCAAUUUUGACCAUAUUUGACACUUACAUUGGGAUACUAUGCAGAACAUCUUGGUCGAAGAUCAUAAUUUAAUUCAAUAAGAGCUUCAAAAUUGUAUGUAGUUUUUUGCAAGCGAUUUUUUGAAGCCUUGUUAUAUAUUUGACACCUGCGGUUGAACUUCUGCUUCUUCUUCUUGGAAUUAAUCCGGAAAUAAAUCUCUGGAAGAGCAAUAAUCAGGACCAUUUUUUGGUAUAAUCAGAUUAUGCAAAACGCAUCCGCCUAGAUGGUGCCAAAACCUAGCUAUUUUCUAUAACAUUCUUCCGGAGUGAUUCAUGACUUGGGCGUAAUUAGUUUUGUAAACAAACACGUAAAUCACCGAUUGCACGUAACUCACUCUGGACUUGACGUCUUGAACAAAGUUAUUUAUCUAAAAAAAAACAACUCUUCUGAAUAUGUUAAAAUUCCACAGCUAUAAUACAUUGAUUUAUCAUUUUUACUUUUACUGAGGAAUACACUGUCAUAGUGCGCCAGGAAUGCAAUUUUGUUGGACAAAAUUAAUAACUCCACAACGAAGCAUUUCCGUGUUUGUUGUCAUAUAAAUUUUUAAUUUUUUUGUUAUAAUAAUAUACCAUCUAUUGACAAAAACAGAUAGUUGAAAAAUCCUAACCUUUCACUCCUGAAAUUUUGAAGAGUGGACUAUUCUGAAGUUGUCAAAAUACCACAACCUAUUAUUUCCGAAUUAUUUCGAAAACAUACAAAGAAAUGUUGAAAAAACUGUUUUCUCAAAAAUUUUGGUAUUUUUAUUAACAACAAUGAUUUUUUUAUAAAUAUUGAUGAAAACGUUCUAAAAAUUAAUAGAUCUUUCACUAAGGAAUAAACUUCCAGUAACGCCUGGCAGAUUACCUUUUCGUGGUACGUUACUGGCAUUAAGAUUUAAGAGGAACAGGAUUGUUUUUGUAAUCAAAGGAACACAUGUUAGUCCUUUUUACUUGUUAUGCCUUGUUGAUAGUGACAAGACUCGGCUUUGUCCACCAAGGAUAACCUUGAAACAAGGAAAAAAAUAGAUAGGUAGUUAUUUAUGAUCUUUUCUUCGUUGUUCUCUUUGUUUGAAGUGGUUAAGACUAAGAUUCUAAUGCAUCGAUGUUAUGGCUUGAUUUUGUUGUGAAGGAAUCCAUUUUUGACUGACAAAGGGGAGCGCCUUUGGGGGAAGUUCUACCGCAGGUGUCAAAUAUAUAUAACGAGGCUUCAAAGAAUCGCCUGUAAAAAACUUCAAGUUUGUCUAUGCAGAAUUAGUUUUUUUUUGUGUUCAGCUUAUUUUCAUAAUGGCGGUAGAGCUAAGACAGCAACGGUUGAUCUCUACGGUAGUCACCGGACAGAAAUUUUUAUUAAGAUCCGCAAUAUAAUAGGUAAAUUCACUGAAGACACCAAGUGACGCAAAAGCUUCGUUUUUGCCGUUAUCAAUAUUGUUCCACUAGAUUACAUUCCUGGCCCAUAGUACAAUGAAGUAUAUUUAAUGAUUUUACAGAUUUGUUAUCUGAUAAUCAUAUUAUUUAGUCUAUCCAAAAGAUUCUUGAGUUUAUAUCUGAAAAUUUGCAUGAUCAGCAAAGACUUCAAUGAUACUCUCACUAUCGAAAUAUAUAGGCAAGUAUUUUUCGAAAAAUUUUAACAAGAAACCAACAAUAUUCAUUUGUACUGUCCAUGUACAUGUUCUACGAAAAAAUGAUGAAAAGAAGAUUUUAAUUGCUGGACCUAAUCUUUAGAUCCAGCAGGCAAACAUUAGCUAUUCCUCUAGGAUAAGUUUCCUAGACUAAAAUAUAGUUUAGAAUCUCCAAACUGUUCAAGACUAUGAUUUACUAGAUCAACAUGGGUUUGUACGAUGUCCUGGUCCUCAGCAACUCAGUCAAAAUAGGUUCAUGGAUUAUGCACAUAAUUUACUAUCUAUUUCCAUGUAGUGUAAAUGUUCUAAUUUUGACCAAAGUGUCCCUAAUAUUGAGUCCAUACUUAACUGCGACUGUAUCAAUGUCCUUAGCAACGAAACAUAUCUAAAUAGAUUCAUGGAACUAUGCGCAUCAUUUACGAUACAUGUCUUUUGCAUAUAAGAUGUCUAAGGUUCUCCAAAUUGUCCUGGAUUAUAGAUCGAUCAAUUCACAAGUGCAACCACGACUGAGUCAAUAUCCCUAGCAGUGAAAUAUGUCCAUGCUGAUUCAUUGAGCCAAUGAGCAUAAUUUACAAUCCAUUUCCUUGUGGAUAUGAUAAUCUAGGUUUCUCAAAUCGUGGAGUUCAGAUCAAAUUGAAACUAAAAUUCAACUAGAAAUACCACGACUGGAUCAACAUCUUUAGCAACGAAUCAUGCCACUGCACACUAGAUUGAUGCAAAAUUUGACAUUUUCACUUCACAGUGCUCAAACGGUUCCAAAUGUCAGCCCAAAGUAUGUACCUGCAGAAAGAUGUUCUGCAUAGUUUUCCCAAUGUAAGUGUCAGAUCUAAACAGCAGCAGGGAGCAGGGAGCAGGGAGCAGUUGACCCACCAUAUUGUUGUCUUGCAGUUGACCCACUCUAU